AUGGAAGGUGCAAAACAAGGCAUUGUUGUGGCUGGUGGUCAAGGAAAAGGAGAUGGUCUUACACAAUUGUCAUCUCCUCAAGGAGUCGUUGUCGAUCCAUUGGGCACUGUCUAUGUGGCUGAUUGGGGGAAUGAUCGAAUCAUGCGUUGGCCCCAAGGAGCCACACAGGGAAGUGUCAUUGUUGGUGGAAACGGUAAAGGAGGACAAUCAAACCAACUCAAUUGGCCCAUCGGUUUGUCAUUCGAUCGAGACGGCAAUCUCUAUGUCGUCGAUUUGGGAAAUGAUCGAGUACAAAAAUUCAAUAUCGAAUCCAAUAAUACGUUGAAUGUUUCUCGCAAAACAACAGUAAACGUUAAUGAUAUUGCUACGACACAAAAUUAUGUAAUAAUACCACGAUCCUAUCAAACUGAAUUAGUCGAACAAGCUAAAGAUGAAAAUUUGAUCGUUUGUUUACCCACUGGUAGUGGAAAAACUUAUAUAGCUGUGAUGCUCAUUAAAGAAAUGGCACGAGAGACGCUUGCACUUGUUCAACAACAAAGUGAUUAUAUUCGUAUACAUACAGAUUUGACUGUUGGCAAUUAUUAUGGUGCAUUAGGAGUAGAUUCUUGGUCAAAAGAGCAAUGGCUCGAUGAAUUUGAGAACCAUCAAGUACUUGUAUUUACUGCUCAGGUUUUUCUCAAUCUAGUUGAACAUAAUUAUUUCCCUUUGUACAAUGUCAACUUAUUAAUUUUUGAUGAAUGCCAACAUUCAACGGGAGGAAGUUGUUAUCCUGCACUGAUGAAAAGAUACAAUGAAUGUCAUGAUCCACCCCGUAUAUUAGGCCUAACAGCAUCAAUCAGCGCAAAAAAACUCGCACCUCAUCAACUGCCAAAUGCUGUUCAACAGAUUGAACAAACUUAUAAGGCUCGAGUUGCCAGUGGUUCAAAUCGAGAAGAAAGUAACCGAUAUGGUACAUCUGUUCGAUUGGAACCGAUCUGCUGUUUAACCUAUCAAGAUCAGAUUCGAAACGAUCAAGAAAGUAUCAAAAUUCCUUUUGAGACAAUUCAAUCAAUUGUAGAUGAUUUAAAAUCGUACUUGAGCGAACAAAAAGCAGAGCGUGAAAAGAUUGAACAAGAUCUUGUAGAAGUUAUCCUCAUGACAGACUAUUUAGGUGAAAAUUUAACCGAAUACAGUGCCCGUUCAGUGGACUACACGAUAUUUCUUCAAUCAGAAUACGUUAAUCUACCUCGUCUGAAAUAUUAUCUUGAAAAUUUAUUGUACACAGGUUAUGAACUUGGUAUCUAUGGGUUUUUUCUAGCAUGUAAAGCACUACAGAGAACAUUGAAAUCAUCUCGAGCAUUGGAAUUAAUAACCGAUGAAAAAGGAAAAGCAUUAUCAAGUGUUGGUUCAACAGCAAUGACAGCAAGAUAUCAACGUCAAACUAUAAAAGCAUUUCGUGCGGGUGAAAUAAAUGUUUUAGUGGCUACGGCCGUAGUCGAAGAAGGUCUUGAUAUUCCAAAAUGUAAUCUUGUAUUCCGUUUCAAUAGACCACCAAAUUUUUCUUCGUAUAUGCAAUCGAAAGGACGUGCCAGGGCUAAACAAAAUGCAUCGCGUCCUGUCAAUGCCAGCAAACUGCCCAGUACGGGAGGAUAUUAUACUGUUCAAAAAGAACUAAAAAACUAUUUAAAUGCUAAUAAAAUUGAAGUUCGAGGUCAAAAUGCCAAUUGGCUACCAUCUGGAUAUAUGAUCGUUGACACCAAAUCAAUCAUCGGUCAACGCUAUGCUUAUCAAAUUGCUAAAAGAAAAGCUUUUAGUGAUAUGAUUGAAGCAUUUAUUGGUGCUUUUCUCAUUUCAACGAAUUAUACGACAACAAUCCAAUUCAUGCAUUGGCUUGGUCUCUGUGUGAUUCCUGUUGCAAAAUCACCAUCCAUUCUUCGUUCGAAUAUAGGAUCGACUAAUGAAGACGAGAUCAGUGAGAUCAUGAAUAAAUUUUUUCAUGAUAAAGCAUUUGAUGAAAUUGAAACAAUGAUUAACUAUACUUUUCAAAGCAAAGCGUAUCUUAUUGCAGCAUUUACUCAUCCAUCAAGCUUUGCCAAUCGUCUAACAGAUUGUUAUGAAAGACUAGAAUUUCUUGGAGACGCAAUACUUGACUUUUUAGUUACACGCUAUGUAUUCGUCCAUUACAAUCAGAAUGUGACACCAGGUAAACACUACCGCGUCGUUUAUGCUAUAAAAAUAUGUUCGGUUUUACUCCCAGGUCGCGUUACUGAUAUUCGUCAAGAUCUGUCAAAUAACGAUCGUUUGGCCUAUAUUUUGGUAGCAUGUGGUCUUCAUCGGAAAAUCCUUCAUAAUUCACCUGAUCUAUUUGGUCAUAUAACAGCGUAUGCUGGUGAUGAAGACGUCUUUCCUAAAGACCAAUCAAUUGAUCAAUAUUUAAGCAAAGUAUUUACUCUAUAA